CAAGGCCUUUCCAGGAUGCUGGCAGAGGGCUCUGAUGGACAGUCAGGGACGAGCACCACCCUCAAGGACUGGAAGGAGAAGGAAGGAUGCCCUGGAAGCUCUUUGUUGAAGGAUCUCAUCCCUCUGCGAACUGAGGAAUCUGCCAUGGAGGUUGUCUUGAAGAAGAUCCAGGAGCUCUCUGAUUCGGACCAACGAGACCCCUUCAUGGUGGCCAACCUGGGUGUGUUGGCCAGCCGCCAUCAGGCUUUCUGCCAGGCUCUGCCAAGGAUCUCCCCCUUCUAUGCAGUGAAGUGUAACAGCAGCGCCUGGGUACUGCGUGUCCUGGCCGCCCUGGGCACCGGCUUCGACUGUGCCAGCCAGGUGGAGCUGGAGCAGGUGCUGAGCCUGGGUGUGGCCCCCUCACGCAUCAUCUAUGCCCACCCCUGCAAGCCCAUCUCCCACCUGCAGUAUGCUGCCCGCCAUGGGGUGCAGCUCCUGACCUUCGACAGUGAGGAGGUGCUGACCAAGGUGGCCCAGCACCACCCUGGGGCCAGGCUGGUCCUCCGACUGUGGACCGAGGACAGUAAGAGCCGCGUCCCUAUGAGCGCGAAGUUUGGGGCCAGCCUGGAGCUGUGUGGACACUUGCUCAAGUCUGCCCGAGACCUAGGCCUGGCUGUGGUGGGAGCCAGCUUCCACGUGGGCUCCGGCUGCCGGGAUCCCCACAGCUUCACACAGGCCAUCGCCGACUGCCGGCGCGUGUUCGAGAUGGGCCGUGGGGUCGGGCAUGACAUGAGCCUCCUGGACAUUGGAGGGGGCUUCCCCGGAGUGGAGGGCUCUGACCUGGAGUUUGAGGAGAUGGCGAGAGCGAUCAAUGCUGCCCUGGCCCAGGACUUCCCCGAGGGAGCCGGCAUUGAAGUCAUUGCAGAGCCCGGCUGCUUCUAUGCGGCAUCUGUCUACGUGGCCGCUGUCAACAUCAUUGCCAAGAAGGCUGUGCUGCAGCCUGGAGGCCACCGGAAACUGUUGUACUACCUCAAUGACGGCCACUAUGGCAGCUUUCGAUCCUUCCUCAGGGACCGUGUCCCCAGGAUGCCAAUUGUGGUGAAGGAGCUCUGCUCACAGCCGCCCCUCUUCCCCUGCAUCCUUUAUGGUCCCACGUGCACUGCCUUUGACAAGCUCUUCAAUGAGGAAGUGCAGCUGCCUGAGCUGGACGUGGGUGACUGGCUCAUCUUCCCCUCCAUGGGCGCCUAUAGUGCAGUCCUGAGCUCCACCUUCAAUGGCUUCCUGCCUGCCUCCAUCUGCUACAUCGUGGGACCUGAGCUCAGGAGCCUGCUGCAGACAGCUUCUUAAGCUGGGACAUGGCAGAAUGGAAGGGUUCCAGACACUUGGUCCUGCAAAUGGUCCUCAUCAUCCACUAUAGUCAUCCUUACCAAUCUCACUGCUGCCUCCACACUCAGCUAAGACCAUGGGUAUUCUC